CUGGAGUGGUAUUUUACACGUGUAAACCAUGGCAUCAGGUUGCGAUGCUGCUGGAGAAGAAUAGAGUGAAUUGAUAUCUUUCAUGCGACAAUUCGCAAAACCAAACAAGACCCAAAUUCUGCUCUCAACGGCCCGCUACAACAUUUCUUUCGUGCUGCAGACGGAGAAGCAUAGCCAUGGGUCAUCAUCAUACGCUGCAGAAGGUGCUUUCUAUCCUGGCGAGAAGGGGGUAGAAUCUGCAUAUCAAUCAGUACCUCCAAUGUAAAUCCCUUUUCCUCGUCACAUUCAUUCCUCGCCUACUGCUAGAAGGGCCUCAUUACUCUACUACUGUGCCAGCCAGCCCACCGCACCUCCACAACAAGCAUUACCUUUCAUCCAAACACAGCAACCAAGAGGUACAGAAUGCGCCGCCGCCACCCAUUCCCAACACAUCUCUCCGUGAUGGUGUAUCCACUACCACUACUCCUCCUCCAAACCUCCUUCGCAACAAUAACAACAAUACCUCAGCCAGCCUCCCACCCCCCUCUCAACCACCCUCCAAACCCAACUCUCCUCCUCACCAAAACCAACAUCAAAACCAACCAAAAACAAUCUCCC